UACCAAGAACCAGCCCUCCUCCGCCUCUUCCAAACCAGCAAAUCUCCUUUUGAUCUCAAAAUCAACAAGAAGAAGCACAGAAGCAAUGAACUCCUCCUCCCUACACUCUCCAAUCCCUUCUUCGAAAUCUAAAAGACCCAAACCAGAUUCUGAAUCAACUGCUGCAACCCCAAAAUCUAAACCUUCUUCAAACCCAACCAUCGCCACUCAAACCCCAACUCAGCCAUCCCAAGUCCCUCCCCGCCUCCGCAGCCGCCGCGUCGCUCUCUCCCUAAAAGAAGUCCGUCAGAUCGCCUCUCAAGACCUUGGAACCAGCCAAUCCAAGUCCGCCCGAAGACAGAUCGCGUCUUGGCCUGAAGAUUCCACCACCACCACCAGUAAACUACACAAGCCCAGGAAGAAUCAGACUCGUAACGGGCUCACUAAAAUCCCCGAUAAGUAUGAAAUGCUGGGUGAGCUUUUUGAUAACUUGGAUAGCUCGAUACGGUUGCUGCGUAUGAAGGGCUCAAUGUCUACUUUCUCUAAUAUUUCUCCCAAAAUCGAGUCUUUAACUGACAGGAGGUUUACGCAUAAGCAUUUGGCUCAAUUGAAAUAUAUUAUGCCGGAGGCAAUUGAGAUAAAGCGGGUGCUUCGGUUUAACGAGCAAACCAGUUGUAUGAAGCCGGAACUUCAUGUUACUGUCAAUGCUGAUGCAAUUGAAUGUGAUGAUGGAAAGUUGAAAUCUGAAAGUAAGAACAUAUAUUUACGCAAGGUUUUUCGCUCGAGGCUUGCAGAUUUUUACAGAGACCAUCCUCAGGGUGAUGACAUUCCAGAGGAAAUGCUCCCGGAGCCUUUCAAUCGCCUGUCAUUGCUGAAAGAAACCACAGCAGUUGAAGAAGAGCAACCAAUAGUGGCAUCUCUUUUACCCCAAAGUUUCCAGAGGCGCUUCUCCCAGAAAGGUACAAAAGUUGAAGCAGAAAACGCCCUCCAAAAACCAGUUUCCUCAGCUUUCGAGCCAUGCCCCAACAAAAUCUCCUUAAAUGAGGAAAUUAGUUGUUCUGCUCCAUCCCCAGCCGAAGUGUCUUUGAAACCAACCUGUGACCAAAAUUUUUCAUCUGCAACUCCAAGCAAAGAGAAAGAUUCCAUGAAUGAAGUAUUUGACUCUCCCAUAAAGAUGGCUAGUGUCCAGUCAACUCCUGCAAAACUUGCUUCAACUCCAGCUACAUUGAUAUCUACCACACCUGCUUUGCAUCCACAUAAAAGAUGUAUGAGCUCAUGUGAUGAUGAUUCUUUCAGCUCACCAGACAAGCUUGUCAGGCGUCCGCCCAGCAGGUCACUGAUAUUUGAAACUCCGGUGAAGCAUGCUAAGGAUGAACAAAAAGAGGAUGUAUCAGAUGAUGAUAAUAUCUUGAAAAUUCUUCCCGAGAGUCUUCUGCAAUCGAUACGAGAGAAAGAGCAGAAGGCUAAAGAAGAGCGAGAUCCUGCAAUCUCACAAGCAAAGAGGCGGAGACAAAUGAUUGCCUGUCUUCCUAAGCUCUUCAACAAGAUUCAUUUCUUGUUUCAGUCAAUAAAACAAUCAGUUCUCACAAAAGAAGAGCUUAUACACAAGAUAAUUGCAAGCCACUCUGAUAUUGCUGACAGAAGAGAAGUUGAAGAGCAGCUAAACUUGUUGCUUGAACUCGUUCCUGAAUGGAUUUCUGAGAAGUUGGCAUCUAGUGGGGACUUGCUCUUUCGCAUCAACAAACUGUAUAGUCCAGAAACUGUACGUGCACAACUUGAAGAAGCCAACUGAGAAAGAGAAUGCUAAUUCUUUUGAAAUUAUAGUUAGGAACUUAUCGAGUGCGCUGUGUAAAUUCUACCUCUUUUGUUGGCUAUUCCUGGAUGUCUUAAUUUAUGAUACGCUAGCCAAUUUUUGUAAAGAAGUGCAGGUAUUUUAGAUGUCCGUGAAUGAUUAAUUUCCUGACCAAAUAGCAAGAUAAUGAAAAGCCCCUUUUUUUGCAA